GAAACCGAACCCAACACCACAACCGUACAAAACGAACUUAACACUUUCGCUUUCACUCUUAAAAAAAUAUCUGCUUUUCUUCUCCUUUGUGGGUUACAGCAACCUGGUACUUAUCUCGAGACUUGGAAUAUCGAAAUGGAAGGAGUGGGCUCCACCAGGCUUGGCCGAGUUUCUGCUCGUUACGGUGGUUCGACUGCGGUGUUCAAUGGUCCGGUGAGGAAGUGGAAGAAGAAGUGGGUUCACGUGUCGCCUUCAUCCACCGCCAAACGCAACCAGUCCACUGGGCACGGUUCCGCCGCUUCCAGCAUCCUACUCUGUAGGUGGACCCCGCUUUCGUUUGCUAAUCCCGGGUCCUCCGCCGUCGACAGCGAGGACGAGGAGCAGCCCCCGAGGCGCAAGUUCCGCUAUACCCCUGUUGCCGUGUUAGAGGAAGAGCGUCAAAAGGCGGCUGCGAAACAAUUUGAAAAUGAAGCUAAGACAGAUGGUAAUAAGACCAAGCAAUCCCCUGACUGGUUGUCGUCUAAGACCGAUAACGAGUUGAACAUGAAUGAUCUUUUAAAGAAAGAAACUCAGGAUCCGAACAUGAGUAAUUUGGACUUAGGUUUUUGUUUGAAAGGCCAUGAUGGCAGACGCAAUUCCGUAGGCAUGAGUGUCGGUCAGGAGAAGGCAGCAAACUCAAUGGGAUUUUGGGCAGUCAGUUGAUGUGUAAUUAGUUAAAAGGGAACACGGUUCAUGUGCUGAAAUGAAUCCACGAAUUUGGUCACUCCAAGGUAAUAAUGGAUCACAUAUUGUAGUAGCAAUAGUUGUAGGUACAUACUUACAUAUGCUCGAUCGAAUAUUGUCAUAGUAAUAGUAACAGUAUAAUAGCGUUGUGGUAUAUAUUCGAGUUUGCACCUUAUUGAACUGUCAUUGCAGUUAUCAUACAAAGAAUAGAAACCAUGUGGAUUAUGGUUUAAGAUAGCAAUA